AAACACGGUUGGUUCCCAUGUUUUUAGUGAUUUCCCUUCGAUAUUAUUGUAGGCUGCUUCAAAACUACAACAUCAGAUUGCAGAGGCUGGAAACUAUUUUAACCAUAAAUGGAGGAUCAUUGCGGCAUGGUGGAACCUACAAAUGGUGAAAGCACGCUCAGUUGUUCCCGCUCUUAUCAGGACACGUCGAGCAUUAUAAAUAUGAUGGAUCCGAACUCCUUUAAUAUGCCUCCUCCUAACCUGCAUUCCUCGAAGGGGAUAAACCCGAACAAGGCAAUAUUUACAAUAGACUCAAAUACUGGACAGAUAUUCAUUGUGAACAACAAAGCAUGCCACUUGUUGGGAUAUACGUCGCACGAAUUGCGAAACAAAAGCUUUUUUGAUUUAUUAAAUUGUAAAUCAGAAAGUCACAUUUCGUCAUUGGCGGAAAUGCAAAUUGACGUGGAUGAGGGCAGAGUCGUCCUGCUCAGUGGCAAAGUGAUAGAAAUGAAGACAAAACAGAGCACCAAGAUAUUGGUCUCGCUUUGGAUUCGACAAAUAGACAACGAGGGACGGAACAUAGCGGUCGCCGAGCCGGUUCAGAGACACAUUUGCCAAAUAAGUAUUGACCGCUUCGGUGCGAUAACAAUGGCCGACGCUGCCACUGCAACAAUAUUCCAAUACUUCUCCUCCGAGGACGUCGUUGGCGUGAAUAUCACAACGCUGAUACCCUUCAUAAAACUCCCAGAUCCUGACAGUAGAGAGAUAUCGAAGAGCCUGCGCAAGCAAAGGGCCACAGGACGCACCACAGACAACGUUAAGUUUCCUCUGUGCCUGCUUGUAACUUCUCCGGAGUCGAGUGGUUCUUCCACGGCGUAUACCAGCAAUACGUGCUUCAACAUAACCGUGUGGGUUUUCCAAAAUCUGAGUGGACUUAUUGUUGUUGAUGAAAUAGGCAACAUUCAGACUUGCAAUCAGCCGUUUUCUGUGCUGAUGUUCGGAUACGGCCAGGAAAAAAUAACCAAAAUGCAUAUAUCAUCAAUACUACCCAAUUUCGGCAAGGACUUUCGCGAGGACAAGAGCCCAAACGUCUCGAAUACAUCCAUAACCAGCAAUGAUUGGGAGCCAGACACAGAUCCAUUUAUCGUUGACAACGAGUCCUCGUUUCAAUCUUGCAAAAAACUGUCCACAAUCCCACCUGCAAGUGAACAUUCCCUCAACGAGGCGGGACUCAAUGGUGAAGCCUAUAACCAGGAAGAUAGCAGCGACAUGUUUACCAAUAUUCGACCGCCCGAAGACAUUACAAUCGAUGACAUUUUGACACCAGUGAAUCCCUCGAAAAAGUUCCCCUCGGAUGAGUAUGAAGAGUCGCCAUCCCACCAAAACGAAAUGAGCCUGGACAAGGCAAAGUCGCCGUCCACAGAGGCAUUUGAUGCUUCAAGCAGUAAUCCAGCAACGAAGCUACUCAGCUCCAUCAAUGGAAACUUUCUGGGCGAGGCCAUACACGCCGAUGGAACCGUCAUAGACGUUGUCUACUCGGUAUUGCUCCAUGUGUUGCCCUGCUCGCGCCGUGUGUAUUGCAUUUGGGUGUGUCGAGACCCAUCCAAUCGCUUGGAGAGCGACAAGUACAACUAUGCCAAUCUCACAUCAACAUUCAACAGCAUGGCAAGCACCAUUGAGCAGUCCUUGGGACAGGUGAUUAAAACGACAGCAGCUCAGAACUCCAGCAGACCAAACUCUCUCUCACUGAUGUCCAAAUACGACGACGAGCUCUACUCCGGGGACUACAGCAAGCACUACACUUCAAUCAGGCAAAUUGGCAAGGGAGCCUACGGAUAUGUUAAUAUGGCUUUUCGGAACACGGAUCGGCUGCUGGUGAUAACAAAGUUCAUUUUGAAGGAGAAACUUUGCCCUCAGUUUAUGAUUAAGAACCGGGACGGUAAGGAAGUUCCUAUCGAGAUCCAUCUCCUGCAGACCUUGGACCACAAGAACAUAGUAUCCGUGUUGGAUGUUUUUGAGAAUGAUUUAUUCUACCAGCUGGUGAUGGAGAAACACGGCUCGGGGAUGGACCUGUGGACGUUCAUUGAACGACGGCCAUUAAUGGAGGAGAAGUUGGGAAGUUAUAUUUUCCGGCAAAUCGCAGAUGCCGUCUAUUAUUUGCACGAGCAGAAAAUACUCCAUCGUGAUAUAAAGGACGAGAAUAUAAUCAUUGAUCAUAAUUUUAACAUCAAGCUAAUAGAUUUCGGCUCAGCCACGUUCAUGGAAGAGGGUAAAUACUUUUCCACGUUUUAUGGAACGACCGAGUACUGCAGUCCCGAAGUCCUGGCUGGCAAUAGAUAUGUUGGUCCCGAGCUUGAAAUGUGGGCCCUCGGCGUCACUCUGUAUGUCCUGAUGUUCUUCGAGAAUCCAUUUAUCGAUGUCGAAGAUACUGUAAAGGCAGAAGUCCAAAUACCAAAGAUGGUAUCGGAGCAGCUGAGUCGUCUUUUGACCUCCAUGCUGAACAAGGAUCCCAAAUACCGCUGCACAAUGCUGCAGCUGAUCAACGAUCCUUGGCUCACGCAGGACGUCAGUUCUUCGCAGUUUAAUUUCUCAUGGAUUGUACCGUGCAAGGCGUAUGAGGCAGAGCCGGACAUUCAUUUCAUGGGCUACUACUCCAGCACAUCAGUACUGUCAACCAUUUCGCCGCAGGGGAGCUUCUCUCACAUUGAAGACUCGUCCAUAGGCGGGCCAGAAGAGGAGCUGCCAAAGCUGCCAGCAACUCAAAGGACGGGCCUUAAACUAUAUAAGAACAUUGAAGCUAAGCAUAAUAAGAUGGAAACUCUGUACGCGAAGCAAUUUCAACUGAACUCGUCAAUCAGUAAUCAUGAAUUGAGAUUAUCGUUACCUGCUGCGAGCCACACCACUGAGCCCGGAAAGCAAAUAUCCUCUUCAAAAUCGGAAAACGAUAUAUUCAAAAACAAACUCGAACCCUGCGUCUCUGCCUAUAACGUAGUUAGCCUGCACGACGUCAACACGAAACCCAAAACGCUGAACUUGAAGUAAUACUUGUACUUGUGCUCGUAUGAUUCGUUUUAUUAUGUGUGGUGUGUAAAUUUUAAGUAUAACUACC